UAUAAGUUAAUGUAAAAAGUAUUUUUAUACUGUUGUUUUCAAUAAAAAAGAAGUUACAAUUUUUUGACGAAUUCUUGUUUUCUACUUAAGCUUGGAGAACACAAUUAUCAUACGACGUAUAGACGGAAAGGAGAUGGUUGUAAGACAGAGGCAGAUAAAUAAAAAUGAAGGAGUAAAAGAUGAUACAACUAGAAAUAUACAAAAUUUUGUUACUGAACAACCAAUGGGAAUAUUAAAAAAACAACGUUGGUGUAAAAGAAAAUAUUUAAGGAUUAUUAUUGUACUAUGUUUAUUAUUUUUAAUAUAUAUUGGUCUUGCUAAUAAUACUAAAACUUUUCAAAUAAGCAGUAAAGCAAUUGAUAACUUGGCUAUUCAUUUUAAUCUGCAUAAACCAUUUUAUGUUAUUAUUAUUGAUGCUGGUUCAACAGCAAGUCGAGUAGUUGCUUUUACUUUUCAUAUGUCUAUUGUAAAUGGCCAACUUAUUUUAGACGAUGAAUUAUUUUUUGAAACAAAACCUGGAUUAAGUUCUUUUGUUAAAAAACCUAAUCAAAUAGAAAAAUCUUUAAACAUUUUAUUACAAAAAGCUAAAUUAAAGAUUCCACAACAAGAAUGGUCUCGUACACCAUUAUAUUUAAGAGCUACAGCUGGUUUAAGACUUCUUUCAAAUGAUGAGUCACAAAAAAUAUUAGAAGAAUGCAAAAAAGUAUUAAAUAUGUCAGGUUUUUAUACAUCGGAUGAUUCUGUAGCUAUUAUGGAAGGAUCUGAUGAAGGAAUUUUUUCUUGGUUCACUGUAAAUUUUCUACUUGAACGCUUUUCAAAAACUAGUAAUAAUAUUGAUCAUGCAACAAAUACCAUUUCUACAUUUGAUCUUGGUGGUGGUUCAACUCAAAUAACUUUUGCUUUAACACCAAAUGUGAUUGAAAAAAAAGCAAAAGAAUUAGCAAUAUACAAAGAAAAGAUAUUUCACAUAAAUGCUUUUGAUAGAAACAUGAGUAUAUUCACUGAAAGCUUUUUGGGCAUGGGACUAAUGGCAGCUAGAAAAGAAAUUCUUAUGCAUCCUGAUAAUCAUAAAAAUCAAACAAAAAAAAUUAAUAUAGCUUCACCGAAUUUGGAAGUUAUUGAAAUAUAUGCUGAAUGUAUAAAUCCUAUUAUAUCUGGUGUAGAAUGGACUUAUGAUAGAAAAAAGUACAUAGUAAAAGGUCCAAUAAAUGGUAUGCAUAAAAUUAUUAAAACACAAAAUUUUGCUGGUACUGAUGAAGUUAGACCUAUUGUUAGGUUUUCUACUUGUCUUGAUAUAAUAAAAAAAGUCAUUAAUGCAAAUAUUCCACAUGAUCUUUCUGAAUUUUUAGAACAUGACAUUUAUGCAUUUUCAUAUUACUUUGAUAGAGCUACAGAAGCUGGCCUAAUAGAUCCCUUUAAAGGAGGAAUAAUUAGCAUUGAAUCAAUUUAUAAAACUGCUCGUGAAACUUGUGAAUAUCCUAAUACAGAACAACCAUUCAUGUGUUUAGAUUUAUCAUUUAUUUAUGUUUUACUUCAUGAAGGUUUUGGCCUUGAUAAAAAAUCAAACAUAUUUAUGCAAAAAAAAAUUAAUGGUCAUGAACUAAGUUGGGCUCUAGGUGCAGCAUUUAAUAUUUUACAAAAAGACAUGAAAUACUUAAGUCAAUAAAAAAUUCAAGUUCAAAAG